AUGGCGGCCGAACCACCAUCUCUUGAGGAAAUUUUGGAAAAGAAAAAGCGAGAGGAAGAAGAAAUGGCCAAGCCGAAAUUCCUCACAAAAGCUGAACGCGCGCAAAUUGCGCUUAAAAAACGUGAAGAAGAGGUUGCACGAAUGCGAGAAGCGCAGAAAAAAGCAGAAGAAGCUCGAAAGGCGUUUUUGAAUGGCGCGAAAAAAGACGAGCGCAAACCGGAACGAGAACGUGAACGCGAUCGAGAUCGAGAUAGAGAUAGAGAUAGAGAUAGAGAACGUGAUAAGGAUAGAGACCGCGAUCGUGAUCGUCGGCGUGAUCGGCGGGAAAGAAGUAGAUCUCGGGAGCGAAGAAGAAGUCGAAGCCGCGAUAGAGAACGAGAUCGAAGGCGUGAGAGAAGUCGGAGUAAAGAGCGAAAAGACCGCAAAAAAGAGGAAAGCGAUGAGGAAAUUGUCGAUAUCAGUAAAAUGCAGGACGCGGUGAAAAGCCGAUAUUUAGGACAGCAGAAGGAAAAACGAAAACGGGGUCGAAGAUUGCACGAGAGGAAAUUCGUGUUUGACUGGGAUGCUGGUGAGGACACUUCGCAGGAUUACAACAAGCUUUAUCAGGAGAGACAUGAGAUUCAAUUUUAUGGGCGUGGCUCGAUUGCUGGCAUGGACGUGAACUCACAGAAGAUGGAGAAGGGAUCGUUCUAUCAGAAAAUCAUGGAGCAACGACGAACCGAGGAUGAGAAGGAGCAAGAGAAGAAUCGGGUGGAGAAGGAGAAGAAGAAGGAGCGCAAAGUUGCGCAUGAUGAUCGGCAUUGGCGAAUGAAGGAGCUUCACGAGAUGACGGAACGAGAUUGGAGAAUUUUCCGAGAAGAUUUCAAUAUUACAAUUAAAGGUGGAAAAGUGCCAAGGCCGCUUAGAAAUUGGGAAGAAGCUGAAUUACCACCGGAAGUUUAUCGUGCUAUCCAGGAGGUUGGAUACACUGAGCCAACGCCAAUUCAGAGGCAAGCCAUCCCAAUCGGUCUUCAGAAUCGCGACGUCAUCGGUGUCGCCGAAACGGGAUCGGGUAAAACCGCCGCGUUCCUUUUGCCGCUUUUGGUGUGGAUUACAAGUUUGCCGAAAAUGGAGCGACAAGAGCAUUGCGACAAUGGACCGUACGCCAUCAUUAUGGCACCGACGAGAGAAUUGGCGCAACAAAUUGAGGAGGAAACGAACAAAUUUGGCAAACUGCUUGGAAUCAAGACGAUCUCGGUGAUUGGAGGCGCGAAUCGCGAAGAGCAAGGAUUCAAACUUCGACUCGGUGUUGAGGUGGUCAUCGCCACUCCAGGUCGUCUUCUCGAUGUUCUUGAGAAUCGCUACCUUCUCCUGAAUCAGUGUACUUAUGUGAUUCUCGAUGAAGCCGAUCGUAUGCUUGACAUGGGUUUCGAGCCUGAUGUCCAGAAGGUUCUUGAAUAUUUGCCGGCGACCAACUUGAAGCCCGACACGGAAGAGUUUGAUAACGAAGAGGCUCUGAUGAAGGGUUUCACGACGAGAGAGAAGUAUCGGCAAACAGUGAUGUUCACGGCGACGAUGUCGCCGGCGAUCGAGCGACUCGCUCGGCAAUACUUGAGAAGGCCCGCCGUUGUUCACAUUGGAUCGAUUGGAAAGCCAACGGAACGCGUUGAGCAGGUGGUCUAUCUGCUUCCGGAGGAUAGAAAACGAAAGAAACUUGUUGAAGUUCUUGAACAAGAAUUCCAGCCGCCUAUUAUUAUCUUUGUCAAUCAGAAGAAGGGUGCCGAUCUUCUCGCCAAAGGUCUUCUUAAACUUGGAUUUAAUCCUACAGUGCUUCAUGGUGGAAAAGGUCAAGAUGCAAGAGAGUAUGCUCUGCAGGCUCUGAAAGACGGAUCCAGUGAUAUUCUGGUGGCCACCGAUGUUGCGGGAAGAGGUAUUGACGUAAAAGACGUUUCGCUUGUUCUCAAUUAUGACAUGGCGAAGACAAUUGAGGAUUAUACCCAUCGAAUCGGAAGAACCGGACGCGCCGGAAAACAUGGAAAAGCCAUCACGUUCCUGACGCCGGAGGACAGUGCGGUGUUUUACGAUCUUAAGCAGAUUCUCAUUGAAUCUCCAUGUUCGACGUGUCCUCCGGAGUUGGCGAACCAUCCUGAAGCGCAGAAUAAGCCUGGAACUUUUGCGCCGAAAAAGCGCCAAGACGAGACUUUGUUUUUAAAAUGA